AUAAUAUUCACCGGAAACAAAAAUAAACCGUCAUGUGAAAAAAUACGUAAAUUAUUCACAUGUGUGUCGUGAUUUGUGAAUUUAGUGUGACAAAAUUGUAAUUAGUAACUAUCAGUGUGCCAUGUGGUGAAAAACCAUUAGGUGCCGCCAGCACGCGGAUAUGGUGGACCCUUUAAAAAUCUUUUGGGUUUUAACGAAUAGUACUUAUCUAGUGACUAAGUUCAUCCGCAUUGGCAUCGCUGACAAGAAUGACAAUCCGCCGUACUUCGACAAGGAGCUGUACGAGGCGGAAGUCGACGAGAAUGAAGACAUCCAGCACACCGUGCUCACUGUCACCGCCAAAGAUCACGACGAAUCGUCGCGUAUUCGAUACGAGAUCACGAGCGGGAACAUAGGUGGAGCGUUCGCCGUCAAGAACAUGACUGGCGCCAUCUACGUGGCGGGCGCGCUCGACUAUGAGACUAGGAAACGGUACGAGCUGAAGCUAGCCGCUUCAGACAACUUGAAAGAGAACUACACAACGGUGGUGAUCCACGUGAAAGAUGUGAAUGACAACCCGCCCGUGUUCGAGAGGCCUACCUACCGAACUCAGAUCACUGAAGAGGACGACCGCAAUCUUCCAAAACGCGUGCUUCAGGUAACGGCCACUGACGGCGAUAAGGAUCGACAGCAAAACAUCGUCUAUUUCCUUACCGGCCAAGGUAUCGAUCCCGACAAUCCAGCAAACAGCAAGUUUGACAUCAAUAGGACAACAGGAGAAAUAUUUGUUCUAAAACCGUUAGAUCGAGAUCAACCAAAUGGAAGGCCACAAUGGAGAUUUACAGUUUUUGCUCAAGAUGAAGGAGGCGAAGGACUCGUAGGUUACGCUGAUGUUCAAGUCAAUCUUAAAGACAUUAAUGAUAAUGCACCUAUUUUCCCUCAAGGGGUAUAUUUUGGCAACGUUACGGAAAAUGGCACAGCUGGUAUGGUUGUUAUGACAAUGACAGCGAUAGAUUAUGAUGAUCCAGCCGAAAGUAAUAAUGCCAAGCUAUGGUACUCCAUUGAAAAAAAUGUGAUCGAGGAAGAAACAGGAUCACCCAUUUUCGAAAUCGAGCCUGAAACAGGUGUAAUUAAAACUGCGGUAUGUUGUUUGGACCGUGAAAGGACUCCAGAUUAUUCUAUACAAAUAGUAGCAUCAGAUGGAGGGGGGUUAAAGGGCACGGGUACAGCCUCUAUACGAGUUAAAGAUAUCAACGAUAUGCCACCGCAGUUUACUAAAGACGAGUGGUUUACAGAAGUGGAUGAAACUGAUGGAACAAAUCUUCCCGAAAUGCCCAUUCUGACUGUAACCGUUCAUGAUGAAGAUGAGACAAAUAAGUUUCAAUAUAAAGUUAUUGAAAACAGUGGCUAUGGAGCUGAUAAGUUCACUAUGGUUAGAAACAAUGAUGGUACUGGAUCAUUAAAAAUAGUACAGCCUUUGGAUUACGAAGACCAGUUGCAAAGCAAUGGUUUUAGAUUUAGGAUUCAAGUUAAUGAUAAAGGUGAAGAUAAUGACAACGAUAAAUACCAUGUAGCAUAUUCUUGGGUAGUAGUUAAACUAAGAGAUAUUAAUGACAAUAAACCCCAGUUUGAAAGAGCUAACAUAGAAGUAUCUGUAUAUGAAAAUGCUGAAGUUGGUAAGAGUUUAGAAACAUUCAAAGCUACUGACCCUGACCAAGGUGGAAAAAGUAAAGUUUCAUAUGCUAUUGAUAGAUCUUCAGAUCGGAAGCGACAGUUCUCUAUAAACCAAGAAGGAACAGUUAGUAUACAAAGGUCCUUGGAUAGAGAAGAUACGCCACGUCAUCAAGUUAAAAUUUUGGCCAUAGAUGACGGUGUCCCGCCUAGAACAGCAACUGCCACAUUAACAGUAAUCGUGCAAGACAUAAACGAUAACGCACCUACUUUCUUAAAAGAUUACAGGCCAGUACUUACAGAGCACAUAACGCCUAAGAAAGUUGCAGAAAUUUUGGCCACCGAUGAUGAUGAUAGAUCGAAAAGUAAUGGUCCACCUUUCCAAUUCAGACUGGACCCUAGUGCAGAUGACAUAAUAAGAGCGUCUUUCAAGGUUGAACAAGAUCAAAAGGGCGCAAACGGUGAUGGUAUGGCAAUCAUUUCAUCUCUGCGCUCCUUUGAUAGAGAACAACAAAAAGAGUAUCUUGUUCCCAUUAUUAUUAAAGACCACGGAAACCCAGCCAUGUCUGGAACAAGUACACUUACAAUUGUUAUCGGUGAUGUAAACGAUAACAAGAUGCAGCCUGGUGCAAAAGAUAUUACUGUUUAUAAUUACCAAGGACAAGCACCUGAUACGGAAAUCGGUCGAGUAUAUGUCUAUGAUCUAGACGAUUGGGAUUUGCCGGACAAGAUUUUCUGGGAGAGCACAGAACAUCCCAAUUUCACGUUGAAUGAAGAAACAGGAAUGAUCCAAAUGAAGCAUAAAACAAGAGAAGGAAUAUAUAAUUUGCAAUUUAAGGUGUACGACAGAAAACAUACACAAACGGAUGUACCGGCUAAUGUAACAGUAUUUGUCAAAGAAAUAUCACAUGAUGCUAUAAUGAAUUCGGGUUCAAUAAGAAUAUCUGGAAUAACCGAUGAGGACUUUGUCAGAAUCUGGAAUUACAAGACAUUAAGCGUUUCACGAAGUAAAAUGGACGUAUUCAAAGAUAAAUUAGCAGAUUUGCUCAACACGGAACGUGAUAACAUCGACGUUUUUAGUGUUCAACUUAGAAAGAAACAUCCUCCUGUCACUGAUAUCCGAUUCUCAGCACAUGGAGCUCAUUAUUACAAACCUAUCCGACUGAACGGCAUUGUGCUCAUGCAUAGGGAAGAAAUCGAAAGAUAUGUAGGUAUAAACAUUACGAUGGUGGGCAUUGACGAGUGCCUCUAUGAAAAUCAAAUGUGUGAAGGAUCAUGUACUAACGUUUUGGAUAUUAGUAAUUUGCCAUACAUGGUUAACGCUAAUAAGACUGCUUUAGUCGGCGUUAGAGUAGACGUAAUUGCUGAAUGCACAUGUGGUGCUAGAAACUUCACCCAGGCCGAAACGUGCCGAAAUUCGCCUUGUUAUAAUGGUGGAAGGUGUAUUGAAGGAAAGUACGGCCUCACUUGUUCGUGUCCGCCUGGAUAUACAGGACCACGUUGUCAACAAACUUCUAGGAGCUUCCGAGGAACUGGCUGGGCUUGGUAUCCUGCUUUAGAAAUGUGUGACAGCUCCCAUCUUAGUUUCGAGUUCAUCACGCGGAAAUCAGAAGGAGUAUUAUUGUAUAAUGGACCUAUCGUUCCUCCUGAGCUGGAUGAAAUCAUGGUAUCCGACUUCAUAUCCGUGGAAUUAGAAAGAGGAAAUCCAAGACUUUUGAUUGAUUUCGGCUCUGGUACUUUAGAACUUAGAGUUAAAACAAAGAAAACUUUGGACGAUGGUGAAUGGCAUCGAAUUGACAUUUUCUGGGAUACGGAAAACGUACGAAUGAUUGUGGAUUACUGCAAAUCGGCCGAUAUUCAAGAGAUGGAAGAUGGUACACCCCCAGAAUUCGAUGAUUCCUCAUGCCAAGCGAGUGGAACUAUACCACCAUUUAAUGAGUACUUAAAUGUCAAUGGACCGCUACAAAUCGGUGGUUUAUACAUGGACCAUUUCGAUCCAACUCACUAUCAUUGGCAAUACAUGCCCAUCGGUAAAGGAUUUGACGGAUGUAUCCGAAAUUUGAUUCACAAUAGUAGAUUAUACGACUUGUCUCAUCCCGGCCUAAGCAGAAACUCGGUCGCGGGGUGCCCACAGACAGAAGAAAUUUGUAAUCAAGCCGAUACUACUUCGAGGUGCUGGGAACACGGAACUUGUGUCGGCAGCUUUUCAGAAGCCAGAUGUCAAUGUCAACCAGGCUGGACAGGACCGUCUUGUAAUUUGCCUACCACGCCUACCAGUUUCCGACCUCAGAGCUAUGUGAAAUUUGCUCUCAGUUUUGAACCGGAUCGAUUCAGUACACAAAUCCAAUUGCGUUUUAGAACCCGGGAACCUCAUGGUGAGCUGUUUAGGGUCAGUGACCAACAUAAUCGCGAAUACGGUAUUCUUGAAGUAAAAGAGGCUCGCCUACAUUUCCGAUAUAACCUUAACUCACUACGAACUGAAGAAAGAGAUGUAUGGCUCAACUCUGUUGCUGUUGACGAUGGACAAUGGCACAUUGCCCGGGUGAGCCGCUAUGGAAGUGCGGCCACUUUAGAAAUAGACGGCGGCGAAGGGAGAAGAUAUAACGAGACUUUUACGUUUGAAGGGCACCAAUGGCUCCUUGUAGAUAAGCAAGAGGGUGUUUAUGCAGGAGGUAAAGCGGAAUAUACAGGAGUUAGAACGUUUGAGGUGUACGCUGAUUUCCAAAAAGGUUGCUUGGACGAUAUCAGAUUGGAGGGCAAGCAUUUGCCCUUGCCACCGGCAAUGAACGGAACGCAAUGGGGUCAGGCGACCAUGGCAAGGAAUCUCGACCGGAACUGCCCCUCCAACAGCCCCUGCAUCAAUGUACACUGUAAUGAACCAUUCGUGUGCGUCGACUUGUGGAACGAGUAUGAAUGCACUUGCGGUGAAGGUUUGGUAUUGUCGAGCGACGGGAAGGGUUGCGUAGACAAGAACGAGUGUCUCUACUUCCCGUGCCGCAACGGAGGGUCUUGCGUGAACCGCGAGCCCUUCUACCGCUGCCUCUGCCCCGAAGGGUUCUGGGGCGAGAACUGCGAGCUCAUCCAGGAGGGCCGCACGCUCAAGCUCAGCAUGGGCGCGCUGGCGGCCAUCCUCGUCUGCCUUCUCAUUAUAAUGAUCCUGGUGCUAGUGUUCGUGGUAUACAACCGGCGGCGUGAGGCGCACAUCAAGUACCCCGGCCCCGACGACGACGUUCGCGAGAACAUCAUCAACUACGACGACGAAGGCGGCGGCGAGGACGACAUGACGGCCUUCGACAUCACGCCCCUGCAGAUACCGAUAGGCGGGCCGCUGCCCGAUCACGCGCCGAGUAAACUGCCAUAUCCGCUAAUGGGCGUCGGGCUCGGCGUGGGGCCCAUGGGAGUGGGCGUGGGCGUGGGGCCGGUGCCGCUUCCCGGCGAGACCAACGUGGGCAUGUUCAUCGAGGACCACAAGCGGCGCGCCGACAGCGACCCCAACGCGCCGCCAUUCGACGACCUGCGCAACUACGCGUACGAGGGCGGCGGCAGCACCGCGGGCUCGCUCUCCAGCCUCGCAUCCGGUACCGACGACGACACGCACGAGUAUGACUACCUGGGCGCCUGGGGCCCGCGCUUCGACAAGCUCGCCGACAUGUACGGGCCCGACAUGGACGAGCAGCUGUAGGCGCCCGCGCCCCACAAGCGUUAGUCAAUUGUCUCCACCCUACAAUAACAUAGUCAAUCCCUCUACCACAACUGCAGUGACGUCAUACAUCUACCAUGCCACUUUGAUAUGCAGCUGAAAAAGUGAGGGUGUCGAUAUGUCGCAUGCAGUUGUGAUAGACGUACUCGUAGACAGAAAUGUUUGGAGCUUAUCUCCUCUCCGAAACCGCGGAUUGUAAAUAAACGUGCGGGACUAAUUAUCUCAGCUCUCACUCAGACUUAAUUAUUCUUAUCAAUUUUAUACAACUUUAUUUGUAGUUAAAGUAACUUUAAGUACUCAUUUUAGAUAUUUAAUUGCGGCAUUUUUUAUAAAAUGUAAACGUAUCUUCACCAAAUAUUUGAUACAUAAGUUUUUAUUCGAGUUAGCCAUACUAUGAGUCAGUAUUUUAGGUAUCGGAAGUUAUUGCGUUAAGCGGAUUUUUGCCGAAGGGCCAGCGUGAACCUGGGUCGUGGGUGUUUGUAGAUAGUGUGCUAUAUACAUGUGAAUAAUUUAUACGAGUAUUUUGUAAGUCCACAGCUUUACGUGAUACCACUUAAUAAUAUGGCCCUUCCGCAUAUAAUCACUAUAAUAAUGAAAGAAUAUGUUAUAUUUUAUAAUAGUGAUUGAAUUAAUUAAUAUGUCCAUUCGGACCAUCGAGUAUAUACCGCUCAUUCGACUCGUGGAAUAUUUUCGAGGGAUGUACAUAAUGUAAUGUUACACUAGACACGACUACCCUUGAAUAUUCUAGAUAAAUAAUGAACUUAUUAUAAUUCAAGUAUAAUUUUAAGAAAAAAUAAACUGUACAGUAACUAUGGUGUUCCUUUCCUAAUGUCUCCGUGUAGUAUUAGCGAAUAAUAGGUUAUCUGGAAAUAGUAGGUAACCGAUACAUAGUCAUGGUUCGAAGAGAGUUUUGCGUUGCGUGCGUGCGUGGGGCGUGCGAGUGCGUGGGGCGCGCGCGGUGCGUGCGUGUUGCAUGCGUGAUGCGUGCGUGGUGCGUGCGUGAUGCGUGCGCGGUGUGUGCGCGGGCGGCAGGGACGGCUGGUAGCGGCGUGAUCGAGUGCGUGCGAGGCGCGGGUAUGAAUGGGACUGUGCCAAUUUAUUAGCAACCUAUGGAUACAGCUAAUGAUGGUAGACUUAAGUGUUUGCACUUUAUUUAUUCGUAUAUUUACAUAAAUAAAUUUAGUCGCACCUAGGAAAAUAUCAAUAACUUAUUAAGAGUGUUGUGCUAGAAUUCUAUUCUAACGAUUUUGAUGUGAGAUAGUUAUUGGGAACCGUUAGAAGUCACUAAUUUAAAGAUUAAUUUUUAAGAAUUUAUAGUACAUUAAUAUAUCUACCUAAUAAUGUUUCCAUAGACUGUCUCACCUCGACAUCGAAUAACGAUCAGUGUAAAUUUUAGAAUAUACUGAAUUGUGUUAAAAUGACUGAUUUUAUUAUGCGUUUGAAAGCCUAAGAUUUUUGUAGAUUCGGUUAUUUAAUUAUAGACUUCGAAUACCUUACUUACUAAGUCCACCCUAUAGUUUGCACUCGAUACGAACACUUCUAGAUAUCAUACAACUACAUAAUAUUAAAGCAAUUCUUGUUAAUUAUUAUUCAUAUAAGAAUACAUACAAUAUAGUUUAAUGAACAGAGCUGCAUCAUUUUCAUUAAGUUACAUUAUCAUUACACUGCCAGUAAAUCAUACAUUAUAACGAAUUACUAAAUAGUGUUUUCAGUCCGUUUUUGUAUUUCAGCCUUUUACAAUAUACUAAUAAUUGUAAGCUUUUGGAACUGUUUAUUAACAGGACGAGACUUUAAUUUUCUGACCUUAUCUACGGUGCGUACGUUCACCCAGUUCUUAUAGAAGCUGAUUGAUGUCCUCGGUAGUACUUUCGCGUUUCCCUGAAAGCGUCGAGCGUGGAGGUCGCGGUUGGGGGCGAUAGCUUAGUUAUGACUCUCGCAAUUGCAUGUGACUGCAACUGGUAUUCACAAUUUAUGCGUGGUGAUUAACGCUUGAAACAGCUGCGGCCGCCGCGACCUCUGCGCUCUACGAACUUCCCUUGUACCUAUAGUGGUCUUAUGUCUGCCGCUAACGCAACGCAGCGGAAGUAUAUAUCCUUUAACGUUUUAGUGAAUUUGAAACAUUGCAAUUUUGUCGCUGCGUUGCGAAGCUGUUUGCGAAGGCCUUCUCAAAGCACAUGUACCUACAUCGACGACAGAGCAUUCAGUACAAGGUGCGAUGCCGGGCUCUUUACUCAGCCGGUGCACACAUUGUUUUAGACAUAAUUGAUACCUAGUUAUGUUUGUUUCAACUGUGAUUAUUUAGUUGUACAACUCUGAUGAUUACAUAAAAGAAUGAAUAAAAAAUUAAAAAAGUUGAAA